ACCAACACUAGAGUAAUUGGAAAAAUCGAAACCGAAAAAUCUUUUGCAAAAAGCUGAAAAAGCCGGAGUUUUUACGACCAAACAAAGAAAAUGGGCGAGCAACCGAUUUUCACCUGCCAGGCUCAUGUCUUCCACAUUGACCCGAAAACGAAGCGCACAUGGAUUACGGCAAGUAUGAAAGCGGUCAAUGUGAGCUUCUUUUAUGAUUCGUCCCGCAACCUUUACCGCAUUAUCAGUGUGGAAGGUACUAAAGCCGUAAUUAACUCUACAAUAACACCCAAUAUGACAUUUACGCAAACAUCACAGAAAUUUGGGCAAUGGAGCGAUGUGCGUGCUAAUACGGUUUAUGGUUUAGGAUUUGCCUCUGAAGCCGAAUUAACAAAGUUUGUGGAAAAGUUUCAAGAAGUGAAGGAAGCAACAAAGAAUGCAAUAAAGGCUGCGAAUGGUUCAACUGUAGUUACGCCAACAACGUCUGCUAAUACAUCGCCAAUAUCAUCGCGUAUGCAGCAAAACGAUAACACCGCCAUAGAUCCACAUACUGUGGAACCACCAAAUAUGUCCAAUACGAAUACACAAAAUGCAAACCCGGAUAGUCCAUCACAUAAGCUAUUGCCAGCAGCGGAUGUCAAACAAGAGCUGACUGCAGGUGCCUCUCCAUCACCUGCUCCAACGGCGGUAACAGUCUCCUCAAGCGGCAGUAUUGUAGGCGUACACACUGGUGGAAGUGCUGGCGCUACAGGGGAGCAGCAACUCAAAUACGAGAAUGAACGACUUAAAAUGGCACUAGCACAAAGUUGCGCCAAUGCAAAGAAAUGGGAAAUUGAAUUGGCCACGUUGAAAAAUAAUAAUAUACGCCUAACAAGUGCAUUGCAGGAAUCAACCGCCAAUGUGGACGAGUGGAAGCGUCAAUUGCACACAUACAAGGAAGAAAAUAUACGAUUAAAACGUGAUUUGGAAGUGAUUCGUGUCGGCGGAGGUGGUAGUGUUGUGGCCGGUGCUGCUGGUGGUGGGGAAAUUGCCGAAGAUUUACGACGUGAAAUUGGUUUAUUAAAAGGACGCAUCGAAUCACUAGAGAAUGAACUAAUGAGUCAAGAAAUCGAAUUACAGGCGGCAAAUAUGAGCAUACGCGAUAAAACUCUUGAUCACAAUCAAAUGGGGAAGUUAAGCGAAUUGAAUGCAUUAUUCUCCAAACAUUUAACGGAACUAUUUAGUGUACAAAAAGACAUGGAAAAUAUCAUACAUCCAGCUAAAAGCACUUGAGAUAAAGAUGUGGGCUAUUUUAAGAAGGUUUCAGGUGUAGAACAACAAUUACAACAACAAACGAUAACGAUUAGAAAAUACGGUGCUUCGGGUACGGGUGGCAGCAGCGGUGGGGUUGGUGGUGACACCGAAAGCACACUCUCCAAUAUCACAUCAAUUCACUCACAAUUACAAUCUUUCAACGAAACAUGUGAUGAUACUCAGAAAUUUUACACUACCAGUCAUAUGAGUCAGCAACAGCAACAACAGCAGCUACAACAGCAUUUGCAACAACCAGGAAAUAGUGAGAAAAUUAUUAGACCACAAGUGUUGCGCGCCAUGAAUAAACACUCCGUACUACUGCAAGAGUUACAUCAACGUCAAACGCAAGUGGCAAUCAGCAGAAGUACACAACUAGCAGCGGCUACUAAUAUACAGCACUUUGCAACCGGUUGCACAGCAACAUUGACUAUCACUACAAGUACAGUGACUGCAAACACAAGUGGUGCCGGAGUGGCCGCAACAGCUACUGUGUCUGCCGCUGCUGCUGCGGCUGUUGUGUCGCCCACUAAAGUAGCCACACAAAUGACGAGUAGUGGUGGUGGCAAGACUGCAACUAUACUUGUGUCAAAAUCAAAAACUAAAACUGGUUUACCGCUGCUAUUAAAACACUCCAUUAACAAUUAACAAGAAUGAAAAAAGUGCGGAUUAAACAGUUUAUAAAUUGUAACUUACGAAUGUUUGAAGAAUUGUCAUGUGAAAUGGUGACGUAAAGUUGCUGAAAUUACAUACAUAAAUCAACGACCGUUAACCUGUGCCCAAUAUUUAAGAAUUUAUAA